AUGGAGGAUAAUUGUAACACGAAAAGGUUAGAGAAUAAUAGGGAUGAGGUUGAAUCGAAGAAACUGGAGGAUCAUGCAAGGAACCAGAAUAAUCAGGAAGUGUCAAAAAUGAUGGAUGCUACACCAGAUAGAAAAAAAGAACGUUUGCAAAUGACGGAAGCCAGAAGACUGAAACUGAAAGAAUACAGGGCCUUUCAGGAAUUCCUGAAAAAUGUUUGCAGCGUGGAGAUCUGGUUGAAACAAAAGCUUCAGAAAGCGGCAGAUGAGAGCUAUAGGGAACCUCAUAACCUGGAAAGUGAAAUCCAGGAGUAUUCUACAUUUGAGGCAGAAGUUAUGGACAGCGAUGAAAAAGUGCAAAGCGUAAUAAACGAGGGACAAGAGUUACUACAUUCGAAUCACUAUGCCAAAGAUGAAAUAGUUAUAAGGCUGGAAGAAAUCAAAGAGGAUUGGAAGAGACUGUUGGAACUCAAGCAGAUCAAACGGGAAAAGCUGAACGAGGCAUAUCAAGCACUGCUCUUCAGGAGGUCUGUCGAAGAGUUUGAGGUUUGGCUAGGUGAAGUUCAGAUUCAAGUUAGUAACGAUUUCGGAAACGACUUGGCAUCAGACAACAACAUCCUAAGAUGUCAACUCGCUUUGGAAAAUGACUACCAACAGCACCUAGAGAACUACGAGAGCAUCAACGAGAUAGAUGAGGAGGUACAGUGGUUGAGCGACAGGAAAUCGCUGGCAGCGUCUUUGGACCUGGGUAUCAGUCUUACCGCGGUCCAGAGCUUACAGAAAAAGUAUCGGACGCUGGAGGUCGAGCUGAACUCGAGGGAACACAUCGUGAAAAGUUUGAUGGAUAGGGCGGUCAACAUGAUGAGAUCCGGUCAUGAGUUCUCCAAUGAUAUCAGUGCGAAGGUGAAGGAAUUGGAGAAUCGAUUUGUGAUGGUAAGGGAUAUGGCCAGUCUGAAGAUAUUGAGGUUGCAAGAAGCCCUGGAAUCGGAAAAGUUUUACGAGGAAAGUUCAGAAGCGGAGGCCUGGAUUUAUAACAAGUUGUCGGCUCUGGCAACAAGCGAGGUAGGUAGAGAUGAGAUUUCCAUUCUGAUGUUGCAGGGAGAACUGAGUAUAAUAACUGCUGAAGUUGAAGAUUACCAGGAAACGAUCGAUAAAUUAUCUCAGAGGUGUAGUAUUCUUGUUAAAAGAGAGCACUACGAUGCCGAUAACAUCAAGAAAACGGAGGAAGAAAUAGUGCACGAGUUCAAGAAGUUGCGUCAGCUAGUGGCUCGGAGGGAAGUUUCUCUCUCUGAAGCCUUCCAGUAUUUCGGGUUCCUCCAAGAGUGCACCAAGCUCCAAGAAUGGAUCAAGGACCAGAUGACCAAGUCCAAAAUUGAAGAGCAUAUAGUUGAUGUCGAGCAUGUGGAACUUCUAAUUCAUGCCUUCGACACUUUUUACGCACGUAUAAUGAAUAGCGAGCUAGUAAACGGUCCGAAUGAACACUUGGUCGGAGCAAAGCAGGUGCAUUUGUUCGAUAGAAGAGCUGAAGAAAUAAUCUCUUGGAUAAGCGAGAAAGAGGUUGACUUAUGCUACGAUACCAAUAGUCAAGACUCGGAAAUUAACCAAGAUUUGCUCAGAAAACCUCAGACUUCCGAAGGCGAGUUGGAAGUGAUCGAGGUCAAGGCGAACUUUAGAGAGCAAGAGGCCAAGAAACUUGUCGGGGAAUUCCCAGAAACCAAUGAGCACAUUGACAGCAAGAGGGAAGAUACGCUGGAAGCUUACAAAUAUCUUGUUGUGUGCGCAGAGAGGAAGAAAUUUAACUUGCAGCAAUUGGAACCAUCCCGAGGUUAUAUUAACCAAGACAUUGCCGAGAAAUUCAAAAUCCUGAAGCUUGGAUUAGGGACUUGGAAGAAGCGAAAGGAUAUCUGCGAUCAGAACCUGGACGUUCAGUUAUUCAAGAAGGAGGUGUCCGUAUUCGUGAAUUGGCUGAUAACGAGGGACGACGCUCUCAAGGAAGAGAAACUGGAAGAUCUGAUCGGGAGGUAUUGCGACUUUGAGGAGAGGAUCAAAGUUCAAGAGAAGACUAAGGUACCGGACACACCGAGAGCUUGA